GGACUCGCGACGAUGAAACGGACGGCCAAGAUGGAAGCAGCUUGAGAAAGGCCGAGAGCUCUGGUCGAACGAUUUCUUCGUCGCCGCCAAGAAGGAGCGAAGAUAUCGGGGGUGAGGCGUUGCCGAUGGACGGGGCCGCGGAGGGCGCGGCUGCUGCAGCCGGCGGUGGUGGCGGCAUGUCCCACAAGGAGUGCGUCGAUGGCAUCAACAAGAGCCUCGCACAUCCCACGGUGAAGUUCCUAAGGGAGAAGAUGGAGAACGCCGGUUGCCCCGUGUGGCCGCGCCUGCUCACGGCGAUCACCUGCAAAGGCCAGAGUUCCGCCGGUGGCUACGCCAGUGGCCGUGGGAUAACAAUUUGUUGUAAUCAUAUGACUUUUCAAGAUGAGAUAAAUCAAGUUAUUAUUCAUGAGUUAAUCCACGCUUAUGACGAUUGCCGAGCAAAAAACAUGGAGUGGACAAAUUGUGCCCAUCAUGCUUGCUCUGAGAUUCGGGCUAAUCAUCUGAGUGGGGAUUGCCAUUACAAGCGAGAACUGCUACGUGGGUUUUUGAAAAUACGAGGCCAUGGACAAGAAUGUGUGCGAAGGCGUGCUCUAAAGUCGGUUCAGAACAAUCCAUAUUGCUCAGCUGUAGCUGCAAAAGAUGCCAUUGAGGCUGUCUGGGACAUCUGCUACAAUGACACUUCCCCCUUUGACAGAGCCCCAUAAGUUCUAUUGCAAUUAGCUUCACAUAUGAGAAGAAGAUUCUUUUUCCAUUUUCUGAUGGAUAAUGCUGAUGCUGCUUAUCGUCGAUGCAGGAAUUGCUUCCUCUAUUUAUGGCCAUUCGAUAACUUCACAACUGCCUUCAUUUCUUCCAUUAUUUUUUCCUUUCUCAGUCUACAGAGUGUCUGAAAGAAGAAAACCAGACAAUAUUUGAUUUCAUGUAGACCCAAUUUAAUGGA